CACAGCGGCCCCUGGACACAUCCCUGGCAGAUCCGGUACCGCAUCUCCUCCAGCGACUCCAGGACCGGCACCAGUAUGCAGCCCCAGCAGGCACCUCCGGUCCCCCGGGACAGGCUCAUCUGCCAGAUGCCCAAGUGUUACACGGCAGAGUCUUGUCUCCAGUAUGAAACUCAUUUUGAUGCCCAAGUGAAAAGUGCCUGCCAGCAACGCCAUGGUGGGAAUUUUGGGUUGCAGAUGUCAAAAGUUGUGAUGGUCGGAGACCUUUAUGUAGGGAAAACCAGUCUGAUCAACAGAUUUUGCAAGAAUGUGUUUGAUCGUGAUUAUAAAGCGACCAUCGGAGUUGACUUUGAGAUAGAACGGUUUGAAAUCUUGGGCAUUCCUUUUAACCUGCAGAUAUGGGACACUGCAGGUCAAGAGAAAUUCAAAUGCAUUGCAUCCGCAUAUUAUCGUGGAGCACAAGUCAUUAUUACUGCAUUUGAUCUUGGUGACAUCCACACUCUGGAGCACACAAAGCACUGGCUUCAAGAUGCUUUGAAGGAAAAUGAACCUGAUACUUGCACAGCUUUUCUUAUAGGAACCAAAAAAGACACAUUGUCAGAGGCAGAGUGUGAACGGACGGAGCAAGAUGCUUUGAAAUAUGCUGUCGAAAUGAAAGCUGAAUACUGGUCUGUCUCAGCAAAAACAGGUGAAAAUGUAAAAGAUUUCUUUUUCCGAGUGGCAGCUAUCGCCUUUGAACAGUCCAUGAAAAAGGAGCUGGAGAAGAAUAAGCACAGUACAACUCAGAUCGGAGGUGGCAAUCUCAUACAACUUGAGGGGAAUCUCUCUGAGAGAAAGGAUAAUGAUCGCCAGCAUAAUCUGAAUUGCUGCUAACCACAUCUGUCCUACUGUACUUAUGUCAUUGGUUUACUUGAGGCUUUCACUUCACUCAGGUAUCAUACAAUCCAUACUGGUCGCUGUGACAUUACAGCCAUUCAGUGCAUCAGGACUGCAUACCACCCUCCAGCUGUAUUAUGUAUCAAGUGCCACUUCACCUACAGCCUUACAUUUUAAACUGUAUGAUAUUAGUAAAAACAGUGCAACUGCACAAAAAAGGACUUCAGUAUAAGAAUUGAGCGUGUAAACCAUGAUGUAGCUAUAUGUAGAGAAAUAUGUAUACAUCAUAUGGAAAUAAAAGAAAAGUUAUCAUCUUCCAACUUUUCCAAGAAAGCAAUUAGCAAUAAAAUCCAGACUUAUAAUUACAAUAAUAACUCCAUACAGACUAAUAAUAAAAAUGUAAUUAGGCCUACAGACAAGGGGGGGGGGGCGGCAUUGUUAUAAUGAAUUAGGAUAGCUAUCAUUAAGAGUCCUUCCGACUUUUGGGAGACGAACAAACAUAUAAAUGCGUAACUAGUGACCCUACGCCUCUGUACAAAAAAUAACUAGCUAAUCUGGUGCAGGAUGGUCGUACAAAAGGUAUCCUUAAUAAGAAGAAGGGAGAAUUUAUUCUGGUGAAAAAUCCCAAAAUACCAAUUUUCUAUCAUAUUCCAAACGCCCAUAAAUCCCUGGAGAACUUCAUUGUUGGAAUGCCUCAAAGCCAACCUGUCCUGCUAUGUAGAUAUGCAAUUGCAGACAUGCAUACAAAAUUUCCCUGCUUACCUUAAAGACACAUAUGUUACAAAUAUUUGGUGGUUUUGCAUGGAAGGACAGCUAUUUAUAAGGUACACUCAUUUUGAGGUACACUCAUGAAUUUUUUCUAGGUGCUAGUGGCACCAUCCCGGUGGUAAAAAAAACAACAACAUUCAUCGGGGAAUGUAUCACACUUUUAAGUGUCUUGUCCUCUGGAGGCAAUUUAUUGACUAUAUUAUUUUUAUUUGGGAGGGUAAGGAAGUUGGGUUAAAAAAAAAAAUGUAUUGAUAUUAGUAAAUACAAUUUUUAUCUUCAGUUUACCCCAAAGAAAAUUUCACAUUCACUUUUUAGGUUUAACCAUUUUCAUAGGGGACAAUAAACUACUUACCAUAUCACAAACCCACUGACAACAAUAGCUUCAUACACAUGACAAGCUGUUACUUAUCUGGCUUGAGAAAACACCACAGAGUCAAUUCCUCUGUCUCCAAAGGGAUUGCGCAGAAGUAGAGGAUUUUUAAAGGAAACUAGGAUGAGAUUUUACGUGGCAGUGCGUUAUAUAUGACAAAAUCUUUUUCCUCACCAUCCCUGGAGGACGCUCCUGCCUGCAGGGAUGGUGAGGAUAUAAAGUUAGAAAUUUUCCUCUGCUAGCCCCAAAAAUAUUCUCCUGAGUGGGGAGCUAUACUAUCGGACAACUCCUGGACAGUCUGUGGUGCAACUUGGCAUUGGUGGAUGGAGCGAGACAUGAUGUCCCAAAUGUGCUCAAUCGGAUUCAGGUCUGGGGAACGGGCGGGCCAGUCCAUAGCAUCAAUGCCUUCCUCUUGCAGGAACUGCUGACACUGCAGCCACAUGAGGUCUAGUAUUGUCUUGCAUUAGGAGGAACCCAGGGCCAACCGCACCAGCAUAUGGUCUCACAAGGGGUCUGAGGAUUUCAUCUCGGUACCUAAUGGCAGUCAAGCUACCUCUGGCAAGCACAUGGAGGGCUGUGCGGCCCCCCAAAGAAAUGCCACCCCACACCAUUACUGACCCACCACCAAACCGGUCAUGCUGAAGGAUAUUGCAGUAAGCAGAACGUUCUCCACAGCAUCUCCAGACUCUGUCAUGUCUGUCCAACGUGAGCCUGCUUUCUUCUGUGAAGAGCACAGGGCGCCAGUGGCGAAUUUGCCAAUCUUGGUGUUCUCUGGCAAAUCCAAACGUCCUGCACAGUAUUUGGCUGUAAGCACAACCCCCAACUGUGGAUGUAAGGCCCUCAUGCCACCCUAAUGGAGUCUGUUUCUGACCGUUUGAGUGGACACAUGCACAUUUAUAGCCUGCUGGAGGUCAUUUUGCAGGGCUCUGGCAGUGCUCCUCUUUGCGCAAAGAUGGAGGUAGCGGUCCUACUUUUGGGUUGUUGCCCUCCUACGGCCUCCUCCACGUCUCCUGAUGUACUGACCUGUCUCCUGGUAGCGCCUCCAUGCUCGCGACACUACGCUGACAGACACAGCAAACCUUCUUGCCACAGCUCGCACGGAUGUGCCAUCCUGGAUGAGCUGCACUACCUGAGCCACUUGUGUGGGUUGUAGACUCAGUCUCAUGCUACCAAUAGAGUGAAAGUACUGCCAGCAUUCAAGUGACCAAAACAUCAGCCAGGAAGCAUAGGAACUGAGAAGUGGUCUGUGAUCACCACCUGCAGAACAACUCCUUUAUUGAGGGUGUCUUGCUAAUUGCCUAUAAUUUCCACCUGUUGUCUGUUCCAUUUGCACAACAGCAUGUGAAAUUGAUUGUCAAUCAGUGUUGCUUCCUGAGUGGACAGUGUGAUUUCACAGAAGUGUGAUUGACUCAGAGUUACAUUGAGUUGUUUAAGUGUUCACUUUAUUUUUUUGAGCAGUGUACAUUAUGAUGCAGACCUGUGUGUUGAACUAAGAGUUCAGUUAAAAUUCCAGCCAAUUAAGUGUAUAAGUAAAAACUCAAUUUAUAUCCUGUUAUUGAACUUAGGCACAUAUUCACACCUGUGGCUUUUUUUCCAUGCAGCACAUUUAGUAUAAAAAUUUACCACUCUUAGUCCAUCCUUGCAUAAAGAUGAAUUUAUUAUAAUUUCUUAAACAAUAGUAGGCUUGCUGUAUACACAUAUAAAAUAAUAUAAAUAGGUAUAAUUAUGAAUAAAUGCAUGGAGACCUCCACCCAUUGGACUGAACCUGCAGCUGCAUAAAUGGGCAGUCAGAUCCAAAAAAUUUUUAUAUGUUGUUACUGAUCAAAAUAAAGACAUUUUGUAAUAUGGCUGUUUAACGUUUUUUGAAUAUUUAAUAAAGAAAAUGACUCCUAAAAAACCAUGCCUACUGGGGCACUAACCAGUCCUGCAGCAGCAUCAGGCUUGUCCAUGAGUCAUGGACAAGAGAUGACUCAUGGACAAGGCUGAAUGAACAGACACACCAAUCACCUCCCACCACCACAAGGGAGGAAACGCCCCAUUCCUCUUAGAGAAUUUCUUACACUGAGCUAAUGAAAAGAGGUAUUUUUAUUAUUAAAAAAAAAAAAAAAGGCAUAAAAAUGGUCAGGAUCAGGUACUGAGUAACACAUUAUUAUUAUAAUUUUUUUGUGGGAUCUGACAGAUAUGCUUUAAAGGGGUAUUCUGCCCUCAGACAUCUUAUCCCCUAUCCAAAGGAUAGGUGAUAAGAUGUCUGAUCACUGGGGUCCUGCUGCUGGGACCCCCUGUGAUCUCCGUGCAGCACCCGACAUUCUGUGCCAGGUGCUGCUCCAGUCUCGGACGGAGACGUGACGUCAUGCAACGCUCCUUUGUGACGUCACGUUCCCACGAUCAGACAUCUUAUCCCCUAUCCUUUGGAUAGGGGAUGAGAUGUCUAAGGGCAGAGUACCCCUUUAAGAUCUCUUAUAUAACCCAUGCACUAUCCCUGAGGAAGGAUAGCGUUUACUAUUGGAAAUGUACAGAAGUGUUUUUGAACUUGCAGUGACCCUUCUUGCAGUUGAGUAACUCAGCUUCCUGGUUAGUGAACUGGUGUGUUUGUAUCGCUACCAUCUGGAGCCCUCCCUCACCAAUUACUGAAACUACAGUUGUCUUCUGGAUAUUGGCCCAGAUUUAUCAAACUGUGUGAGAGAAAAUAUAGAGUGAUUUUCCCCCAGCAACCAAUCACAGCUCAGGUAACUAGUUGAGGUAAAGUGAAAGCUGAGCUGUGAUUGGUUCAUGUGGGAAAAUCCCUCUAUUUUUUCUCUCACACAGCUUGAUAAAUCUGGGCCAUUGUGCAUAUAUACAGUUUAGACUACAAUGUAGUUAUAUGAUUUUUAGGCUAACAGUUUGCUUUGGUUGAUGUGUAUACAUAUUUGUCUACAUAUAGCUACAUUAUGUGUGAUGUACACACUCAAUUCUUAUACUAAAGUCCUUUUUUGUGUAGUUGUAUUGUAUUUACCAGCAUACUUUAUUUUAAAUGGUUGGCAGGAUUGUUGUUUUUUUAGGCAUUUUGUACAAUAGUAUUAGGGCCAGUUUACAUCUCUUUUAAACUGUAUGCUAAAUUUUUAUGGAGAUCAGAUAUUUAAGAGUUAACCGAUAAUGUUGCUUUACAUGUACAGUAUGUGAAGUUGCCAAAGGCAUGCUCUUAGAUUUGGGGUAUGAGAAUUCUCUGUAUACAUAUGAAUCAUGAAAUUGGGAACCUCCAAGCCUGUUUUUUUUCCAGUUUGUGUUUUAUUUUGUCUUUCUCACUGCCAUCUUUUUGUUCCAUUUACUUCAGAUAAUAAUAGGAUAGCAAUGCAUCAUUGUAAAAGUUCUUAAUGCUUUAUCACAUUGGGCCUCAUUUAUUAAAGGGUACUCCGGUGAAAACCUUUUUUUCUUUU